UAGAAAGAGAUUGAGCCUCAGUGUUGCCGUGUGACCCAGAGAGGCAAGACGUGUGACCUGUUGCUGAGGACAGUUAUUACACUACGUUAUGUGAUGUAUAAUUAAAAACACAAAUAAUACUCAAUAAGACGACUUUAUGGUGUGAGAAGUGGAAAUUCCUGAAGUGAAGUAAUUAUCUGCCUUCUAAAUUCACUUCAACCACAAUGUGUGCCCAGAGGCUUUGGCCAAGUGUGCAGGCCCUUGGGCGUGGCUUGAUUAAUAAUCGGACAGAGAUCAUCCAGCAAGGUGUGAAGGCUUAUAAUGUGCAGAAUUUUAACAGUAGUCACCUUGGUCAGGGGCAUCAACAAAGCCAUGUGUCUGGGCAUGAUCGUUUAGCAACAACACAGAGAAUCACACACACUGCCAGGGGAUCGUUCAACAAAGUGGUUGCUCGGUCUCUGCAUUCUGGAACGGUUCUUUUCGUAAAAGAAUUUUCCGAUACAGAGAAUGAACAUGCACAUGCUAUCCUGCGUUCAUUGCCAGCUUAUCAUGCAACUACAGUGGCUGGAGAUAAUGUGCUAAAUAAUUCAUUUUAUCACCAACAUGCACCUCACCUCACAGACUCAGAAUGGGCAAGAUGUAGUGCUGAGGAGAUUGCUGAUGGAUUUAUUGCCAUGUCACAAAUGUGUCGUCAUAGCCCCAUGGACUUGGAAGAUUCAAAGCACUCAGGAUUAUGUGCUGUUCUCAGUAACAGAUUGACACAUAUAAGUGAUAAUCAGCUCCUAAUGGUUCUUUCUGCACUAUCCCUUUGGCCUCCCACCAGUGCCACUACUACACCAAAUUUUGUAGCACUAUGGAAUGCCUUGGAUCAAUCUUGUACUGAACGUAUGCGUCGUUGGGACAUGGCACGAAUGUUCCUGGUGGCUGACCAUUGGUUUGCAUUACGACUAUCCCGAAUCUCAAUGUACAAUGUUAAAAUGACUAAAGUGUUGGGAAGAAGAGUGACUUCAAUGGCUCCUGCCCAAUUAGUACAGUAUUUAUUUUAUGCUAAUUUGAGUCGGAAAUUAGAACCUUUUAUAGUUAAAAAAGAAAUCGAAAAGCGCCUCACUCAAGUGCUACAACAAAUUUCUGUGGAAGAGCUUGGUGUGAUUGCGAUGGGUUUCUUUAAAACUCAGACUUUUCUUAAGAGUGAAGCACUUAUUGAAGCCAUCAUAAAGAAAACUGAAGAUAAUCUAGAAUGUGUAUCAGAUGCCACUCUCUGUGCUAUUCUCAAGCUGUUACGGAAGAGCAUUCCCGUCAUGCAGUGGAAGUUAAUGUAUGGUCUCCUGGACUCUCUUCUACCACAACUUGAUAGACUCAACAAUAUGUGUCUUCUCCAGGUUGCUCUCUUGGGGAAUGAUCUCCUUGUCUUCCAUCCAAAAGUCAUUGAUACCAUAGCAGUUAAAUUUGCUAGUGAUAUCAAGGUCCUCAGGUUAAAAGAUAUCGAGAGAAUAACAUUUGCAUUAAUGUUAUAUAACUACGUGCCACCUAGUCGCCCCGACAUUUUCAUGCUGAUUGCCGAAGCAUUGAGAUGUCCAGAAAGACUGUUGGAGAUAAAUCAUUACCCAAAGUGUUUUGUGUCAUGUGUGGUGUACCUCAUGACCAUGGGGAUACUGCCUCAAGACCUCAUCUCUGCUGCCCUUCAACCAUCCAUGCUCAACCUCCUCAAUAGUAAGUACAUGAGCCGGCAUUACAGUGCGAUGGGUCGAGAGGUCAUUGAGCUUGACUGGGCCUUGGAUAUAGAAGGCCCUGCCAAUUAUCGAGGAUACAGACUUGCUCCUGAUAUGAGAAUCCAGUUAACUAAGCAAUAUAUGGGAAACCUUCCGUCGGGACUUGAGAAGACUCUGACUCACCAGGAACGACUGCUCCUAGAAGUCAAGGACAAGUUAUCAGCCAUGUUAGGAGGCGUACACCUUGUUACAGCAACACAUAUUCUCCCUCACAUCCAGACUCCAGAUCUAGUAUUUUGCACAACAAAUGACGGUGAACCUGUAGCACUGCCAGAGAACUUCCUCGAUCUCCCUCCAGCCUCACUUAAGUAUCCCAUGGAAUGCUUCAAUGGCAUACAGUGGAAUGCCGUUAUUGUUGCUGGGCGAAAUUCCUUCAUUCGCAACACCGACACCCUGAGAGGCAACGUUCACAUGAAGAAAAGACAACUAACUCGACUGGGGUAUCAUGUAUCUGUGGUCCCACACAUGGAAUACAACCGCAAAAGUUUACGUUCAAAACUUGGAUGUCUGGAACGCAGCUUGAAAGAAGGAUCUACUUUUGUAACUGAAGGUCGCUUGGAGAGUGCUUGGGUUACCCUGAAAGGUCAAGCAGAAAGGCAAGAAGAGGUCGCUGGAUGAAAAGUCACUGUGGCUUAGUUGUAAACAUAUGAUUUACUAUCAAAAAGUAUUGAGUCAAGGUUAGUUAUUUGGCAUAGUUUGUAUAUUGAGAGGUCUAUACUUUAGUCAUAUAUUUGUGGUGCAGUUAUACUGUAUUAAAGUACCUGUACAUUGUCACAUACCAAUAAGACAAUGUUUAACUAUGUUUCAUGCCACCUCCUAGUGAAUUUUUUGCUGGAACCUGUAUGUAUUAAUGUUUGUUUGGACACAUUCUAUGCUGUCAACAUAUUGUUUGUGAAUAAAGAUGUCAAUUGAGGCGAACCCAUUGAUACAGGUUGACAAUCCCUUAUCCAAAAUCCUUGGGGCCAGAGGCAUUUCGGAUUUCGGAAUUUUUUGGUUUUCAGAAUGGUUAGUUUUUUUUAUGUGUAUUAGCCCACCCGGAUUUAGAUUACUGACACAUAUCAGGGCCUGGGGACGAAAAAUAUAAUAAAAAUAAUAAUAAUAAUAAUUCAUAGGUCUAUGUCGUGUUUCUCACUUUUGAUCUUUUUUUCAUGUUUGUAU